AUGAAUCUGCAAUCGGAUUGGGCAGCUCUUACGAGUCUUACAAGCUCCCAACGAUUACCGCCAUGGAUGGGUGCAACUCGUACUUCCAAUGGUGCUUGGAAAUGGAACAACGGCAUUUCAGUUUCGAGUGCCUACUGGGCUAACAACGAACCAUCCAUCUACGGUGACUGCGCCACAUUGCGAUCUAAUGGAUUGACCGCUUGUCCUUGCUACAGUUUACAACCAGCUUUUUGUAAAAUGCAACCUCAGUUGUGUAAUGGAGGUAAAUUCGGUGGACCGAAUAUACAGUCGGGAAGCAUCAGUAGUCCUGGAUAUCCAUUACAGUAUUACAAUAAUUUGGAUUGCUACUAUCAGAUUGAAGGACCACCAGGCACCUACAUCACCAUCAGAUUUGAUCCUUUCUAUGUAGAAAGCUAUCUGGACUAUGUGGAAAUUUACGAAGGAAACACAACAUCAAAGCUGAUUGGCGAUUUGGACACUUAUAUGCCUUCAAAAACCGGUUUUGAAAGCAAUUCCAAUCAGAUGCUGGUUUAUUUCCAUACAGAUUCCAUGAUCACUGAUUUGGGAUGGUCAGUUCAAUGGGCAGCAAAGAAAAGCUCCUCUCCAAUCACUGAAAUGGGUAGAUCUGGCUCUAUGAACUCACCGAAGUAUCCCGGUGACUACGAUCCCUUUUUGGAGCAGCUAUAUUAUGUUACAGCACCAGAUGGCACUAGGGUAAGUGUUACCUUCGAUGAUUUUUCCACCGAGCAAGACAACGACUUCCUUGAAAUUUAUGAUGGUGGCAGCAUCAGUGCUACACUUAUUGCAAAUUUAUCCGGGCAUGCGGUAGCCGGAAAAACUCUGACCACAAGUGGCAAUCACUUAGCCAUGCGAUUUAUCACCGAUGGAGAUAUGCAGUACUAUGGAUGGCAUAUGACAUGGACUUCCUCUUAA